AUGUCCUCGGUUGUGUAUUUGCAGCCGUCAGGAAGGGCCGCUCCUGGGAAGGGCUCAAACGGCAGACCUGAGGCACACUCAGAGAGCAAGGACUCUGAUGAGUCAGAUGAAGAGGUCAGCGAUGAUGAGGAUGCGCCUCUGCCUGGCGAAAUAGACGAUGAUGACAGCGAUGUGGCAGAUGAGGACGCAGUUGACAUUGACAGCGAAGAGGAGGAUUUGCCAGAGGCAGAUGAUGAUGAUGAUGAUGCUGAAGAGUCCGAUGAGCAGGAGGAGCAGCAGAUAGAAGAAAGUGAGAGCGACGCCGAGGAUUUCUAUGCGCAGACCCCAGACGGCACUAAGUUCAGCGCCAGUGCCUUCAGCGACCUGCACCUGUCUCGCCCCCUGCUCAAGGCCUGCACUGCUCUGGGCUACAUCAACCCCACCCCAAUCCAGGCAGCUUGCAUCCCUCUGGCACUGGCGGGGCGAGACAUUUGUGGCAGUGCCAUCACAGGGUCUGGAAAGACUGCAGCGUUUGCACUGCCUCUCCUGGAGCGGUUGCUAUUCAGGAAUCGGAGGAUUGCGGCCACCUAUGGUCUGGUACUCACUCCCACGCGCGAGCUGGCCGUCCAGGUGCACAGCAUGAUCACCAAUUUGGCGCAGUUCACGGACAUCCGGAUUGCGCUGGUUGUGGGCGGCCUCUCUCUCCAAGUGCAGUCUGCCACGCUGCGUACCUCUCCUGAAGUCGUCGUUGCCACUCCGGGACGGCUAAUCGAUCAUUUGCGCAACACCCAGUCAGUGGGAUUGGAGGACCUGCAAGCACUGGUCCUGGACGAGGCCGACCGGCUGCUGCAGAUGGGUUUCUCAGAAGAGAUCAAGGAGGUGCUGCGGCUGACGCCGCGCAAGCGCCAGACGCUGCUGUUCAGCGCGACAAUGACGGAGGAGGUGCGCGAUCUGGCGGCGCUGUCGCUGCAGCGGCCGGUGCGGCUGGCGGCUGACGCGGCCGGCGCGGCGCCGCGGUCGUUGACUCAAGAGAUUGUGCGGUUCAAGGGGGCGGCCGGGCCAGCCGCUAGAGAGGGAACGCUGCUCGCCCUGUGCGCGCGCUCCUUCAGAUUGGGGCGGACCAUAGUGUUCUUCAGCACCAAGCACAGUGCCCACAGGGCCAAGAUCCUGUUCGGCCUGGCGGGGUUGCCGCCAGCCGCUGAGCUGCAUGGUAACAUGACGCAGGCCGCCCGCCUGGAAUCCCUGGAAAAGUUCAGAAAGGGCGAGGCGGCGUUCCUGCUGGCGACUGAUGUGGCGGCGCGAGGGCUGGACAUUCUGGGGGUGGAUGCGGUGAUAAACUACGACGCGCCCCCGGCCCUGUCUGCCUACCUGCACCGCAUCGGCCGCACCGCGCGCGCCGGCCGCGCCGGCCGUGCCGUCACCUUUGCCGACGACUCCACGCGCUCUCUCCUGAAGGACGUUGUGAAGAAGACGGGAGCCAAGCUGCUGAUCCGCUCCGUGCAGCCGGAGAUUGUUGCGCAGUGGACCCAGCGCAUCCAUUCCCUGGGCAGAGACAUCGCUCGCAUCGACCUGGCGGAGCGUGAGGAGAUGGAGCUGCGAAAGGCGGAGAUGGAGGCACAGAAGGCUGAGAACAUGGUGGCGCACGAGGCCGAGAUCGCCGCUCGGCCGCCGCGCACCUGGUUCCAGACUGCCAAGGAGAAGGUUGCGUCUGUAGACAGGUCUGCCCUCUCCACAGCUGCCCACUCCUUGCUUUGCAUUCAUUUGAUGAGCAGGAUCACUGCCGAAAUAUGUGUUUUGAUGAGCAGGACUCCCCGUCGAAACCAUGCAUUAUCCACAAGGGGUUGUCCACAGAGGAGGCCUGUAGCAGCACUGCUCUUUAUGCAGAUCCAUGCAUGCCUUGUCCCAGGUCGAGGGUCAAGCCCCUUCCGCUGGAGUGGCUUGGCAGGUUGGUUCAGUGAGGGAUUGAGAGUUUGUGCAGUUGCUUCAUCAUGCUUUCUCUCGGGAUGUUGA